CGGGGGAGGUGGGGCGAGGCGAGGCUUGUGGAGGCGAGGCGGCGGCCAGGCCGGGCCGGGCCACAGGCGGCGGCAGCGGCAGCGGCAGCGGCAGCGGCACCAUGGAGGCGGCGGCCGCUGCUCCGCGUCCCCGCUGGCUGCUGUUCUUCAUGCUGGCGGCGGCAGCGACGCUGCUGCCGGGGACGACGGCAUUACAGUGUUUCUGCCACCUCUGCACAAAAGACAAUUUUACAUGUGUGACAGAUGGGCUCUGCUUUGUGUCUGUCACAGAGACAACAGACAAAGUUAUACACAAUAGUAUGUGUAUAGCUGAAAUUGACCUAAUUCCUCGAGACAGGCCAUUUGUAUGUGCUCCCUCUUCAAAAGCCGGGUCUGUUACUACCACGUACUGCUGCAACCAGGACCACUGCAAUAAAAUUGAACUUCCUACUGCUGGUCCUUUUUCAGUAAAGCAGUCAACUGGCCUUGGUCCUGUUGAACUAGCAGCUGUCAUCGCUGGACCUGUCUGCUUCGUUUGCAUCUCACUUAUGUUGAUGGUCUAUAUCUGCCAUAACCGCACAGUCAUGCACCAUCGAGUGCCCAACGAGGAGGAUCCUGCAUUAGAUCGCCCGUUUAUUUCAGAGGGCACCACGUUAAAAGAUUUAAUUUAUGAUAUGACAACAUCAGGUUCGGGAUCAGGUUUACCAUUGCUUGUUCAGAGGACAAUUGCAAGAACCAUCGUGUUACAAGAAAGCAUUGGCAAAGGUCGCUUUGGAGAGGUUUGGCGAGGGAAGUGGCGGGGAGAAGAGGUGGCCGUGAAGAUUUUCUCCUCCAGGGAGGAGCGCUCCUGGUUCCGGGAGGCGGAGAUUUACCAGACUGUGAUGCUCCGCCAUGAGAACAUCCUGGGGUUUAUUGCAGCGGAUAACAAAGACAAUGGCACAUGGACUCAACUCUGGCUAGUGUCAGAUUACCACGAACAUGGAUCCCUUUUUGAUUACUUGAACAGAUACACAGUGACUGUGGAAGGCAUGAUCAAACUUGCCCUGUCCACAGCCAGUGGUCUUGCACACCUUCACAUGGAGAUUGUUGGUACCCAAGGAAAACCAGCCAUUGCUCAUAGAGAUUUAAAGUCUAAGAACAUCUUGGUAAAGAAGAAUGGAACUUGUUGUAUUGCAGACUUGGGACUGGCAGUAAGACAUGAUUCAGCCACAGAUACUAUAGAUAUUGCUCCAAACCACAGAGUGGGAACGAAAAGGUACAUGGCUCCUGAAGUUCUCGAUGAUUCCAUAAAUAUGAAGCAUUUUGAAUCCUUCAAGCGUGCUGAUAUUUAUGCCAUGGGCUUAGUAUUCUGGGAAAUUGCACGACGAUGUUCCAUUGGUGGAAUUCAUGAAGAUUACCAGCUGCCUUAUUAUGAUCUUGUACCUUCUGAUCCAUCCGUUGAAGAAAUGAGAAAAGUUGUUUGUGAACAGAAGUUAAGGCCGAAUAUUCCAAACAGAUGGCAGAGCUGUGAAGCCUUGAGAGUAAUGGCUAAAAUCAUGAGAGAAUGUUGGUAUGCCAAUGGAGCAGCUCGGCUCACAGCUUUACGGAUUAAGAAAACAUUGUCACAGCUCAGUCAACAGGAAGGCAUCAAAAUGUAAUGCUACAGCUUUGCCUGAACUUUGUGUUUUCUUCAGAUCUGCUCCUGGGUUCUAAUUUGGGAGGUCAUUUGUUCUACCUCACUGAGAGGGAACAGAAGGAUAGCACUUCCUUUUGCUACAGGACAAUAAGGACAAUGAAAAGCUUCCCAGGAUUUCUUGGGACCCAGGACAUCCACUGGUGUCCAUUCUGUGCACUAUGAACACUUCUUUCCCAGGACGGUUACAAAAUGUUGUGUAGUCUACCUUUAUUUUUUAUUAACAAAACUGUUUUUUU